UGAACCAAAUUGACGUCACGCAAGUGAUACCUACGCCAUUUUGUAAGUUUCUGCCCUAAUCAGUAUUUCUGGGCAAAGUGUAAAAUACAAAAUUCGCAUGGUUUUGUGUACAUUUAAUAGAUAAAGAUAUCUUAAAAGCAAGUUAACGUCUAGGGCGUUAAUUUCACAGUCUCAAAGUAUGGAGGACAAGGCAUCAUUAAAGGAACUGGAUCAAUGGAUAGAACAACUAAAUGAAUGCAAGCAAUUGACAGAAAACCAAGUGAAAACGUUAUGCGAUAAGGCAAAGGAGAUCCUGACUAAAGAGUCAAAUGUGCAAGAGGUAAAAUGCCCAGUGACGGUGUGCGGCGACGUCCACGGUCAGUUCCACGACCUGAUGGAGCUGUUCCGUAUCGGCGGCCGUUCUCCCGACACCAACUACCUGUUCAUGGGGGACUACGUCGACCGCGGCUACUACAGUGUGGAGACAGUCACAUUGCUAGUUGCAUUAAAGGUCAGAUACCGUGAGAGAAUAACAAUCCUGCGCGGCAACCACGAAUCCCGCCAGAUCACCCAAGUAUACGGCUUCUACGACGAGUGUCUGCGUAAAUACGGCAACGCGUCCGUAUGGAAGCACUUUACGGACCUGUUCGACUACCUACCGCUGACUGCGCUGGUUGAUGGCCAGAUAUUCUGCCUCCACGGCGGUCUCAGCCCGUCCAUCGACACCCUGGAUCACAUCCGCGCGCUCGACCGCGUGCAAGAAGUCCCGCAUGAAGGACCUAUGUGCGAUCUCCUGUGGAGUGACCCCGAUGAUAGAGGUGGAUGGGGUAUAUCGCCCCGUGGUGCCGGCUACACGUUCGGCCAGGAUAUAUCGGAGACGUUCAACCACAGCAACGGGCUGACGCUAGUGUCGCGCGCGCAUCAACUUGUGAUGGAAGGCUACAACUGGUGCCACGACCGCAACGUCGUCACCAUCUUCUCUGCGCCCAACUAUUGCUACAGAUGCGGUAACCAAGCUGCCAUAAUGGAAUUGGAUGAUGCGCUUAAGUAUUCAUUCCUGCAGUUCGACCCCGCACCGCGGCGCGGCGAGCCCCAUGUUACGCGGCGGACGCCCGAUUACUUCAUGUAGGCUGCACUGUCGGCGCACCACCAUCAGUCGCGGCGUCGUCCCCGUGCCCCGCGCCGCCCGCCCGCGCCCCGCAGCCGCACCCCCCGCCCACACCGCCACCACCCCUACAUACACACACAUCCGACACCCGAUACGCUCGCGAGACUGGACGCGCUGUGUAGAGUGGCGCUAUGGCUCGCCAUUGUGUGAUAUACCCUAAACGUUACACGACCCUUUUAACGCCUUUGCACACGACGAAGUUUUUAAAAUGCAACUAAAAUAUUCUUUAUCCACGUCUCUGAUGAUAAUCGCUUUUUUUUGAGCUGCAAAGUUUUGAGCUGCAUAUCUUUCCUGCUUACGUUAAACAAUAACAUACUAUACAAGUAAUGUAAGUAUAAGUUUUAUAUGCAUGUUCAAAGCAUGCUGGCCUCGAGUUUAACACCAAUAGUGCGUUCUACCAAGCAUGCUACAUACUAAAACCAGCAAGAAUAUCUUUAAUUAAAAAAAAAUAGUUGCAAUCGCGAUACAGUUGCCACAGUUGCCAAAUCUAGUUUUCGGAAAGUCGUGCGUUUUUAUAACUAUCGCCUUGUGCAAAGGCACGUACAUAUUGACCGUCAGUGAUUGUACAACAUAGAUUGUCUUGUGACUUAGCCCUAUAUAUCAAUAGAAUGUUUAAAUUGUAUCUGCCUUUUUUUCUUUUACGGUGUGAUUGUAAUCAGUUUAUGCAUGAACUUAAGGGCGAUAUUAGACGAUGCAUUCUCGUUUCAUUAUUUGUUUUAUUUGCCGGAACGACAAAACGCCAUUAACGGAGCAUAGAUGAAAUGUUUAAAUGCGCCUAAAAUAGAGAAUAGUCACAGAUUAAAGAAUAAAGACAGAAGGAACUCUCGAGAACAAACGUUUUCAUUUAAUAUUGAAGUCAGUUGUGUAUUUGUGCCUCUUAUCUGACCUAAAGUAACCGAUUCUGAUUUCUGUUUAUUGUACUAUGAUGAACGGAUGACUGCAAAGAAAUUUCACUUCUUUUCACAAGUUUACACAAGCAUUUCUGGAUUAGUAUUAUUUGUCUAUGUUUUUAUCGACCCAUUUUGCUUCUUUUUACUCUGUGGUUUUAUUAUGUUAUGUUAAAAUAUACAAAAAAAAAUUCUUUUAUGAUUGUUUGUAAUCCUUAUGAAACAUAUUAUAAUUUUAAUACUUUGAGUAAUGAGUAGUACAUUUUAGAGAGGGAUUAAGUUACAUAUUUAUAUAUAAUUAUCUUAAGUUUCAAAAACUAGUGAUGUCUCGAUACGUUAUAAAUAGUGUGUCAUUUGGAGCAUCACUUCUAAUUGUAACAUAUAUAUAAAGAAAAAUUGACUGUAGUCCAAUGAUAUAAAAAACUAAAGAUUAUAGAGUUAUUCAUAAAUGUAUCGUUCUAAAAGUGUCGAAUCAUAUUAUAUAUUGCAAAAAUAGUGCGACUUCCAUUGGCUCGCUAACAAAUGAAUCAAUCUUACCGAGAAUAUACAACUACGAUUCGAUAUUGUGAUGGACGUGAUUUUAAGCAUUUUCUAAAAUCUAAAUGAAUAUUUGUCUAGCUGUUAUUGCGCGCAAGAAAUGCUUAUCUGCAAUUAGCACAUACCUAUUCGUUACACUAUUGGUCUUCAGUUUAGUAUAUCAUUGACGUAUCACUAGAGUCACACGACGUUAAUGGAUAAUAUACAUCUAGUACCGAGCGGCUGCCGCCGGCAUAACUAUGCGAACUGAUAAGCCGCCGACUCGUGUGUAUUAUCCGUUAAAGUAUAAGCGAGCAAGCCACAUUUAUAAAGGAUAGUGUCGUUUCUUGUUAAUGUAAAAUUGUAAGCGAAAAUAAGCUAUUUGGGGAACGUGGGUUGUGUGUGUACAUUAUGGCGGAUACACAUUAUGUCAGUAACUGGCAAGUCUGCACUGGUUCUAGUAAAAUGGUUUCAAGUCAACGCCCUUAAUAACUAUGACAUUGACAUUGAUAUAACUUGAAAAAGCAUUCUCGGGAUGCCUACGACCUGUGGAGUUUAUAAUUUGCAGUUUUAUUUCAAACAAGCGCUGGAUGGAAAAGUAUAGAUGCUGACGCGUCACAACUGACUUUAGUAUUCCGCCAAGUAAUUUAAAGAUUUACAUUGUGUCAUUAAAUGGCUAAUACAAAUGUCAGUGACUCGUGUGUAAAUCAGUAGUAACAAGUUUGUAUGACAUUUGCUCGUUUGCAAUCGUAGUAUCGUUUUUGAUUAAAAAAAACACCUCAACGUUUGUGUAUAACUACAGCAAGCGCUCUUUUCGGAAGGUUUGUAAAAUAAAAAUCAGUGGUACAGAAUUUAUGACUUAAAACUAAACAUUAUUAGGUCUAAUUUACUUUGUCGUUAUAUCGUUUCGAUACUUGUGAUUGCGAACGUCUAAAUCUCAUACUAAGAAAUUGUAAAGUAUAUGGGUGCGUUUGUAUGUCACCAUUCGGACGGGCGACCGACGUUAUAUAUAAAUAUAUAUAAGUCACCGCAAUUUUUAGGUUCUUGCCCCCAACCGCUGUCGGACAUACUCGCGCUUCACCGAUUUUUUAACCUUGGAUGUUCGUUACGUUGCUGUUUAGUAAAUGUCGGUCUCGUAUUUGGGCAAUAAGGUUGACGUGGGUCAGCCCACUGAUUAUCUGAGGGUGAUGAUACUCAAAACGUAACGUGUAUAGCGCUUUUUAUAAAUAGUUCUUGAUACUGGGCGUCGAUUGUCGCAGAAUGACAGCGACAAUGUGACGUUGCCAUGCUUUCUGAUUGGUUGGCACUAUUCCACUAUUGGCUGAAAUACUCAAUUUGAAAGAGAGUACAAUUAUUUUGGCCAAUAACAAUUCAUUUGCUAUUAUCACAGGUUGUGCAAAAUAAGUAGUCCGGUCUGUUUGAGCGAAAAUUAAUCGAGUUGUGAAUGUGAACAGAAUGUAACUAUCUUUACCCGGCCACGCUUUGCUAAAGCGCGGUGUGAUAUUAAUUCCCUUUCCCGUGAGAACUUACGAAUAAAAAGUAUACACAAACAUUCAUACAUAGAAAUGCAACAUAUAUGCAUAAAUUUUCCACUAAUCUGUUGGCUACUUUUCGAAUUUGGCGCCCAGUUACAUACAGAAGCAGAAUUUUUGAAAUGCGAACGCUACUUGUCUAGUGUUUAAAUGAUACGCGAGAACUAUGAUAUAUUAUUUGCCAUUUGUAUGAUAAGUUUCAGAUCAUACAGAUGAUUGCAGCAUUCGUACAAAUUAUUAACGCAUUUACCCUUUGUAGCCCUAAUAACCUUUUGUAAUGAACUGCCACUUUGUUAACUUAAAAUUUUUUUAAAGGUUUAUUUUGCAAUCGCCCACUAAACUUUUUAACUGAUGUAUAUAAAUUUUGAUCAGUAAAACUAAUAAAAUGUCAAAUUUAUCAAUCAGUUAAGCUUAUCGGCAUAUUUUCUAACAGGCCCUAGCGGCUGGUUUGCAAGACGCGUGGCGACGAUGCACCGCAAAAUUUCCGCAACGCAUCGUGUGAACCGGCCGUUAGCCCCGCCUGCCGAUAAUGUGCUCCAACGCAUCGUUACGUGUUGAAUGUCAAAAUAAAAUGUAUGUGUGUGUGUGUUUGGACAUCGGUGUGUCGUCAGUACGUCCGAUGGUCUCGCCCGCGCUAUAUUAAUUAUGCUGGUAUGUCCAUUACGCGGACGGCGCUAUCCGGUUGUCACUAUUGUAUGUAAACUUACGAUGUAUCAAAGACACUUAGACCUCAUUAAACAGCGUACAUUUGCUAAAAAAA